AUGUUGGGUGGACGUGUGAAGACUCUGCACCCAGCAGUCCAUGCAGGUAAGACCAUUUAUUUCAUAUCUUAUUUAUUUGUAUAGGUUUUGGCCUCAAGUCAUAUAUUGUAUUUGUGGGGUUUUUUUUUUUUUUUUGUCUGCUCAAAUACUUGGUUUACAAAGUAUUCUACCAUAAGCCUGCUUCCUUAGCCAUGCCACCUCAAAACAGAAAGACGUCCUUAUCAAAUGUAUGAACGCAGCUUCUGAUGCAGCAUUCUCUUAUGAAUAACCUCCCAUAAGCGCUUCAGAAAUCUCAUCGACAGGGUUAUCCAUUAAAGUGAAUCAAGGUGAAUUUGAACUUCAGACCAAAGAAGCCAAACUGAAUCAUGGCUGACUUAGAGAAUAUUUCCAUUUUGGUUAUGUUAACCUUGAAUUUGAAAUUCACUUAGAAUUUUCAUUUUAGUGAAUAACCCUACUAAUCUCACAUGGCUAUCAACUGCAGUGAGAAUUUGGGGGAAUUCAAAGAAAAUGUCAAACUUAAAGGUGAAUUUUCCUAUGCUUUAAGUUUGGCUACUCUGGCCCAAAAUUUGAAAUUCACUUUAAAUUCUCAAAUAUUUUCAUUUCAGUAAAUCCUGAAUUUAUUGGAUUUAGAACCAAUUGGGUUAACAAAAAAAAUCCAGAAAAACGCAUGUCAGUUAUAAAUUGAUUUGCAUGUCAAUAAGUGAAAAGGGUAUUUAACCCCUUCAACUUAGUACUUGGUGGCAAAACCCUUGUUGGCAAUCAGAGGUCAAACAUUUCUUCUAGUUGGCCACCAGGUUUGCACACAUCGGGAGGGAUUUUGUCCCACUCUUCUUUGCAGAUCCUCUCCAAGUCCAUUAUGGUUUUGAGGCUAAAGUUUGGCAACUUUAUUUUUGUUUAAAUUAGAAACUUUUUCUAUUAAAUUUUUUUUAUUUCAUGUUGGUACUUUUUAAGAUCAAUAAACUAGUUUCCUGUGUAAUUUUGGGCACUGAUGCCCAAAAAAUGCUCAGUCACUUUGUUAGGGUUGUGUUUGGCUUAAUAGGAGAAGCAGAUCAGCAGAGAGUUUAAAUUAGCCAGUACCCUACUGUUCAACCCUUACAGUGCUGGAAAGACAGGAAGCCUGUAUACAUUCAAGGGCAGAAAAACAAAAAACUCAUCUGACCCUGCAGGGGGGAGAGUACGGAUGCAUAGCUGUGCAUGAACUGUGCCUGACACUGUACAGCAAACAUGCAUCCAAAAAUGGGUAUCUUUGCUCUUCCACGCUGGCCGCCGGAUAUGCACAUCCAGGGUACGGAAUCGUAUCUGGCGACGGUGCUACACUGUGCAGAGUAGCUGGCUGUGCGCAGAGCAGGCGUACCACUCCCCCUUCCCUGCUGCUCCCAGUGCCAGAGGAGUGUGUGGCUUGCUUGAGACAAUAGUGCAGGGCUAGACUGGAAGACCACUUAAUGUGGGUGGAAGAGGGGCUUCCUGAAGUAUAAGUGUGUUAAAUUGGGGGGUGGGGGCAGGGCAGUAUGUUAAAUUGAGGGGGGUAUUGUAUUAGGUGGCAUAAUGUGUAACUUGAUAUAAUUUUUUUUUUUGAGAAUGAAUGCAUGGGCCAGCAAUAUCAUGAUUUAAAAAAAACAAGCAUGUGUACCAAUGUUUCUGGAGAUACAAAGUCAUGGAACUUGAGAUUAAAAUUUUUAUUUUUUUUAAAUUCUGAACUGUGGCAGCUUCACUUCAACAACCAAGUAUUUGCCUUAUAAUCUUCUCCUUCUUUCUGUGUUGUAAGUGUUCUAAUAUUCUUACAGUUUUGGUAACUCUAAACUUAUUGCAGAAAUGUAUCCUCUUUUCUGUUUGUUCAGGGAUCCUUGCGAGAAGCAGCACUGAAGACCAGGCUGACCUCACCAGGCUGGGUUUCAGCCUUGUAAGGUAUUGAAAGAAUUUGGUUAAUUUAGUUGGAAGGGUGAUAGCAUGCUGUUUUGCCUCAACUUUUAAUGCGCUGUAGCCAGGUUCAGAAGGUGUGUGUGUGUGUGUGUGCGCGCACACGCUUUCUGUGUUGACUGACAAAUCAUAUCCAUCUUGUACACCUGCUAGUGGCUGAAAUUAGAUUGAUUUGCUUACAAACCAUCAGUAGGCAGAUUUAAAGGACCAUUAUAGGCACCCAGACCACUUCAGCUUAAUGAAAUGGUCUGGGUGCCAGGUUCAGCUAGGUUUAACCCUUUUUUCUAUAACCAUAGCAGUUUCAGAGAAACUGCUAUGUUUAUAAAUGGAACUAUAAUAUAACAAGUGAAAAAAGGCGCUUAUAAUAGUAAUAGUGACCUUAUUUAAAAGCAGCACCUAUAAAGUGUAUCAGCUCCUAACACCCAACAAUAGAAUCAAAACAUAGAAUAAGUGCGCUAAUUAUUUGUCAAAUAGAAAUUCAACUCACUAUACAAAAAGAGUGAGAUAGUGUACACAAUAUUUGUGCAAAUAUACAAGUGCUAUAUUUAAACACUCUUAAUACUCUUUAACAUAAUAAUAAUAAUAAUACUCCAGAUAAUGUACAUAAUAUAUAUAUAUAUAUAUAUAUAUAUAUAUAUAUAUAUAUAUAUAUAUAUAUAUAUAUAUAUAUAUAUAUAUAUAUAUAUAUAUAUUGCUAUUUAACAAUAAUACAGCAUGUGUGUAAGAUUUUUUUCACUCCCAAGCAGAGAGCAGAUGAGCCUGCUCUACUUCUGACAGCUCCAAAUGCAGAUUAAUCCACGGCAGCCAAUAAAGAAAGAUGGUUUAUUUCCACAGAUAAAAACAGCAUACAUAUAUAAAAUCCGGAUCCCUGUAGAAGACUGUCCUUAAGUGGGUUCGUGCAUCCGCCGGCUAAAAUAUUCUGUCUGUGCACCCUCACGAUCGGCAAAGUCCUCAGGAUACUUCCGACACCUGAAGUCGGCUUGUGUACACACAGACAAUUGACAGAAUAUUUUAGCCGGCGGAUGCACGAACCCACUUAAGGACAGUCUUCUACAGGGAUCCGGAUUUUAUAUAUGUAUGCUGUUUUUAUCUGUGGAAAUAAACCAUCUUUCUUUAUUGGCUGCAGUGGAUUAAUCGGCAUUUGGAGCUGUCAGAAGUAGAGCAGGCUCAUCUGCUCUCUGCUUGUGAGUGAAAAAUCUUACACACAUGCUGUAUUAUUGUUAAAUAGCAAUAUUUCACUAUAUAUAUGUUCUUUUUUAUGUACAUUAUCUGGAGAUUGAGUUAUUCCCAGUAUAUGAUUUUAAGGAAGUGUACCACUUUUUUAAUACACUAAGUCACUUUUUGGUAUUAAGAAUCUUUUAUAUAAUACACAGUUAAAGAGUAUUAAGAGUGUUUAAAUAUAGCACUUGUACACAAUAUUUGUGCAAAUAUACACUAUCUCACUCUUUUUGUAUAGUGAGUUGAAUUUAUAUUUCACAAAUAAUUAGCGCACUUAUUCUAUGUUUAUAAAUGGGUUAAUCCAGCCUCUAGUGGCUCUCAUUGACAGCCGCUAGAGGGCUUCCACGCUUCUCACUAUGACUUUUCAGUGAGAAGAUGCCAGCGCCCCUAGGAAAGCAUUGUGAAUGCUUUCCUAUGGAGUGGCUGAAUGCGCGCGGCUCCUGCCGCGCAUGCACAUUCAGCCGAAGAGGAGAGCUCCCUGCCCGGCGCUGGAGAAGGAGGUAAGUUUAACGCCUUCCUCUCCAUCCAGCCCGGCGGGAGGGGGACCCUGAGGGUGGGAGCACCCUCAGGCCCCUAUAGUGCCAAGAAAAUGAGUAUUUUUUUCCUGGCACUAUAGUGGUCCCUUAAACUAUGUAAUUUAAUCCUCUUGGACUACUCAACACAUUAACAGUCUUAAACAAUUCAUAAUUGGGUUAAUACACAUCUUGGUGCCCCUGCCCACCAAUUUGUAGUUUAAAUUUAGAAAUAUAAAAAAAGUACAGUGACCCUUUUAAUCCCAAGAUUUUGGUAGCAAUUCAGUUAGUACAAUGUGUAUUUGAAAUGUUAAUUGCUAUAAAGCAACGCCUGUUCAUGUUGGUCAUGACAAGUGUACAAUAAGGAGUAUUCUAAUCUAUCAUGUGUUGUAACUAAAACUUUAUUUUUGUGUACAUAUUUCUUCCAGGGUUGUAGUUUGCAAUUUAUACCCAUUUGUGAAGACUGUGUCUGCACCUGGUGUCACAGUGGAGGAAGCUGUAGAACAGAUUGAUAUUG